UUAGACUUUGCUCCUAUCCUGUGUAUAAAGGACACCUUGUGUUUCACCAGCCACUUUGCCUUCGAGGGAAGCGUGGAUGUUGGGAGUGACCUUGAGCCCUGGGUGGCCUACCUGAAGCAGGAUGACCAGCACAAUGCCAGGCAGGACUUCACUAGUUAUAUCCAUACCAGGCUGAACCCAUCUGACCUUUGGGAUAGUGUGGUUUCUCUCUCAAACUGCUGAAACCUCAGAUUGGCAGGCAAUGAUGUUACCUUAUGGAAGAGAGAGUCCAGUCCAAUGCCGCCGACCUACAGGAGGAGGAAGGGUCUUGCGGGCACCACCGUAUUCCUACUGCCCCAGCCCCCAAGCUCUGCAGAGGAUCCCUGACCCUAGAGCAUAUCUGUUUCCCACAGUCAGUACUGUGAGUCAUCUGGACCAUGAGUACCUUUGCCCAGGUUCUCCUGGGAAGUUGUCUGAAACCAUGGAGAAGUAUGAACUGGACACUCAUUCCUCCAAGCCAUGGAAGGGACCCCAUGCAGGCUUGGAUGAAGGCCAGAAACCAGCACUUGGAAGAUGGGCAAGGACCAAAUCCAUCCUCAUCUCCAUUCUCAAGGUGCCUCUGAUGUUUGGCUUUUUGUACCUGUUUGUGUGCUCCCUUGAUCUGCUGAGCUCUGCUUUCCAGUUGGCAGGAGGUAAAGUAGCCGGGGACAUUAUCAAUGACAACGCCAUCCUCUCCAACCCAGUGGCAGGGCUUGUGGUGGGAAUCCUGGUCACCGUCCUGGUUCAGAGCUCCAGCACCUCCAGCUCCAUCAUCGUCAGCAUGGUCUCCUCGGGGCUGCUGGAGGUACGUUCCGCCAUCCCCAUCAUCAUGGGUUCCAACAUUGGCACUUCAGUCACCAACACCAUUGUGGCACUGAUGCAGUCCGGUGACAGAGAUGAAUUUAAGAGAGCCUUUGCAGGGGCCACCUUACAUGACUGCUUCAACUGGUUGUCAGUGCUGGUUUUGCUGCCUCUUGAAGUGGCCAGUGGCUAUCUGCACUACCUCACCACGGUGACUGUGGCAACUCUCAACUUCCCCAGUGGACAGGAUGCUCCAGAGCUUCUGAAAGUAAUCACAAAGCCCUUCACUAGCCUUAUUAUCCAGCUGGAUAAGUCAGUGAUCACCGGCAUUGCUACAGGUGACGAGAGUUUGCAAAACAAGAGUCUGAUCAAGGUGUGGUGUAAAGCAUCAGCUCUACAGAUUUCUUCCUUGAGCUCUAGAGGAAGCUUCCUGAACUGCAGCUCCCGUGCCCUGUGCAGCUUGGACAGUGCUGGGAACCUCAGCAGGGCUGUGAAAGAGAAAUGCCAUCACCUAUUUGUGGACACCACUCUGCCAGACUUGGCUGUGGGCCUCCUGCUGCUGGCUGCCUCACUGAUUAUGCUGUGCACCUGCCUGAUCAUGCUGGUCAAGAUGCUCAACUCUGUGCUCAAAGGCCAUGUGGCCAAAGCAAUCCAGAAGGUCAUCAACACAGAUCUGCCAUCCCCUUUUGGCUGGGUUGCUGGCUACUUCGCCAUGCUUGUUGGUGCUGGAAUGACCUUUAUUGUACAGAGCAGCUCAGUCUUCACUUCAGCAAUCACGCCACUUAUCGGCCUUGAGCUGAUUAGCUUGGAACGUGCUUAUCCACUCACCCUUGGUUCCAACAUUGGAACAACCACCACAGCUAUCCUAGCUGCCCUGGCAAGUCCAGGAGACAAGAUGGCCAGUGCCUUCCAGAUUGCUCUUUGCCAUUUCUUCUUCAACAUCUCUGGAAUCUUACUGUGGUAUCCCUUGCCUUGCACCCGUCUGCCCAUUCAGAUGGCCAGAGCGCUAGGUGAGCAGACGGCCAAAUACCGCUGGUUUGCCGUCUUCUACCUACUCAUCUGCUUCCUGCUGUUGCCAUUGCUGGUUUUUGGACUCUCCAUGGCAGGAUGGCAGGUCCUAGUGGGCGUGGCAGCCCCUUUCCUGUGCCUUCUGGCUUGUGUGGCCUUUGUCAACGUCAUGCAGUCCCGAAGUCCCGGCCGACUGCCCCGGUGGCUCCAGAGCUGGGACUUCCUGCCGUACUGGAUGCACUCCUUGCAACCCAUGGAUGAGCUGAUCACUAGGGCCACACUGUGUUGCGCUGGUCGUCGCUCAAGCAGCCAAGAGGAACAGAGUGAUUUAUCUCCUCAGAUUAAAGCCAGUCUCUCAAUCACUUCCUUAAAGGAAUUGUCACUACCACCAAGGCUCUCUCCCCGACUAAAUUUACCAGCAGUGCAAAAUGCUACCCACCUGUAACCUGUGUUGGAACAUAGCCCCAUUGCUGCCUGCAGAUAGUGGUGCUCAGCAGAAAAGGAAUGGUAGACCUGACCUCUGAAAACAAAGUGUACCUGCCACCGUGUAGGGAAGGGUGUGUGUGUGUGUGUGUGUGUGUGUGUGUGUGUGUGUGUGUGUUGAGCUGCAGUGCUGGUGGCUUCAUGUGUGACUCUAGCUGUAUGACUGCCAUGUGUGUACCUGUCUUCCAGCCAUUGUGGAUUCUUCUGCCACUGUGUAUGACCCGGUAUUGUGUGUGUGUAUAA